GGCGGGGAGGGGUAGGAAGAUCGCGGAGCACACAUUAAGGGACAGCCACGCUAUUUGUUGGAGGGUAACAGAGGAGGAAGCAGAAGAUGUUUGGAUUCCACAAGCCAAAGAUGUACCGGAGCUUAGAGGGUUGCUGUAUUUGUAGAGCUAAGUCUUCCAGUUCCCGCUUCACCGACAGCAAGCGCUACGAGAAGGACUUCCAGAACUGUUUUGGUCUGCACGAGGCUCGCUCAGGAGAUAUAUGCAAUGCCUGUGUCCUGCUGGUGAAGAGGUGGAAAAAGCUGCCGGCAGGAUCAAAAAAGAACUGGAAUCAUGUGGUGGAUAUAAGAGCUGGACCGAGUCUUAAAACGACACUGAAGCCAAAGAAGAUGAAAACACUCUCUGGGACCAGAAUGAAGAGCAGCCAAAUCAACAAACUGCAGAAGGAGUUGAAACGACACAACUCUGAUGCCCACAGCAGCACCUCAAGCGCCUCUCCGGCCCAGUCGCCCUGCUACAGCAACCAGUCAGAUGACGGCUCAGAUGCUGAGAUGCCUCCGGGCUCUAGCCGCACACCUGUCUUCUCCUUCUUAGAUCUCACCUACUGGAAAAGGCAGAAAGUGUGCUGCGGAAUCAUUUACAAAGGCCGCUUUGGAGAAGUCCUCAUAGACACUCACCUCUUCAAACCCUGCUGCAGUAACAAAAAGUCCACCGCUGAGAAGCCUGAGCCCCAGGGCCCCCAGUCCCCACCCAUCGCCAACCAGGAAGCGUGGUGACUUCCAUGCGUAAUUGCGGGUGGUACAAAACGGAAUCUCUUUCUCUCUGGAAAGGCUUGAAGGUGACCCCCGGCUCACUUUGGAGGCCUCCUAUGCUGCCAAAAGACGUCACUAUUUUUUUCUCUCAUCUUGAACUGCUUUGAGGGUUUUAUUGGGUCUCUCUUUUUAAUCGCUUCACUUCCACUAAGUCAGAAAUCUGUUCAUAUCACUUCUGAAAAGACUGUAAAUAAUAUUUAAGAUGAUUUGCAACACAUAGUUAAGCCGAACGCUGCUGCAAAGACCUCUCAGUUCAGCCAUGCAACUGUUCCGCGGCUAAUGACCACAGGGUGUGGUUGUGUUGUACAAUUAAAAUUUGUAUGUAAUGUACAUUUCUGUCCAGACAGCAGAGUUUGCAUUAUGUAUGUUUAAAAUAGCCAGUAACCUUUUCUUUUCCUCUGUGGGAAAUAAUUUUUGAACAGUUGCAACUCUUAGAGCAUGGAUUUGGGCACAGAAGUUUGUCCACUGUGUGUAAGACUUUCCUAAUAUAUGUAUAUCUUGGGAAGAUAGGGAGCGCCACAUUUUUAUUACUAUGGAUUCCGCCAUGAUAAAGCAUUUUACAUUUCCUGAACGAC